UUACCAUAAUAAUUGUGACUUCUUUCAUGCGAAGGUGGGAUCUUCACCAUCCUUUAUAUGGAGGAGUCUCCUUUGGGGGUGGCAAAUAAUUGAAAAAUGUGCGCAUUGCAAAAUUGUCUUGGGAGAGGAGGUUCAGAUAGUUGAGGAUAAAUGGCUGCCAAGACCCAUAAAUUUCAUUUUUUUAGAAAAUCCUUAGAUGCGUCCUGAUCUUAAGAUGAUUGACCUCAGGAGUGUUGAUGGAGAAUAGGAUGUGAAUUUUAUCAGAAAUAUUUUUAAUAGUAAUGACUACCAAGUUGCUAUUCGUGAAAGAGAAAUGGUAGAAGAUUCAGCUAUGAGAGAAACUGAAAGUUGGUGGAAAAGUGAAGCUUAAAUGUGACCAAAGUUGUUGUAGGUGUGGGAACUCAAUCAAGGUGGAGGAUUGAUAUCAUGCAAUUUGGAACUGCUCAAAGAAUAAAUAGGUCUAGAAGGUGGCGGGGUUCAACAAGCUCAUUAAAAGAUGGAAUAUGGAAGACCCAAUUUCUUUCCUAUCCAAAAUUUCUCUUCAUCUUCCCUAAGACAGAUUUGGCUUCUUCAUUGUUUUAGCUUGGGAGUGUUGGAAUAAUUGUAACAAUGUUAUAUUCAAGAAUGGAACCCGGAGGCUACUAUUGUGGUGGAAUGGACGUCUAACUUUUUUAAUGAGUUUAUCCAGGGUUGUUCUGCUACAGGUUGCAUCAAUAACUCUGCUCCUAAGGCAUGGACUCCUCCUAAUGAAGGAGAGCUCAUGAUUAACAUUGAUGCUGCAGUUAAUAAGGAACAUGAUUGUUUUAGCAGUGGCAUGGUAAUUAAAGAUAGUUUGGGGAAGGUAAUCGCUUCAAGUAGCACAUUCAUCAACUGUGCCUAUCAAGCUGGUAGCAGAAUUGUUGGCCAUAAAAGGUUAAAUCAGAGUUGUGGUCGUAUUUUUUUGGAUUGUAGCUUAGCGGUGGGUAUGCUCAAUAGACCGCUGGAGGAAAGUGGAGAUUUGGAUCUACUUGUGGUUGGUAUUAGUAGGGAGGCUGAGGAUCAAGGAAUUCUAUCGGUUCAGUUUGGUCCUAGAUCUUCAAAUUAUGUUGCUCAUUUGAUUGCCAAGAAUGUUAUUCGUUAUCAAGCAUUUGGCUUUUGGGAAGGAGGUGUCCCUCCUAUGGUGUCUUUGGCGUUCGCUGAAGAUUUGUCUUUUCCUGCUGGUGGUUGAGUUUUUGCGUGUAACUCAUGUAUUUCAUCUCAAA